GGGAUACAAAAGCGCCCCUCACCCCCUCUUGCCAGCGCUUGUACAGUUGUACGUUGAGCACCGCCUGAUUUAGAGUGUUCCAGAGCGCCUUUCACAUUUUAUUGGCGAUGAGGAGAAUCCUCGAUAUCACAAAUAACCUCACCCUUUCACUUUCAUUUGCGCUCGUUUAAUUUCUGCUCUGAGUAAAAUAAAUAAGGUAAACUUAAAAUGCCCUACCUUUCUACCGACUUCUAUGCGUGAUCUGAGACCGAAGGUCAGUGAGGGUGUAUUGAAAUGGAAAUUGUGGUUUUUGUUUGAAUAUUUGGUGCAGUUGAAGAUUUUUGUUUAGUUAGUGAUACUGGGGGGAAUUUUGUUUCUGGAGUUGGUCUUUUUAGUGUUUGUAUGUCUGGUUCGGUGAAUAUGGAUGUACCUGUACAACAAGAGAAUUGUGAGACUAAAGGAGCUGCAAGCCCCAAGCUACUUGCCGGUGAAGGGAGAGAAGUGCUUCAUUAUACUAACUUAUUGAGUCAGAAUUGUCACGAGGUUGACAAUGUACAAAAGGGAUUGUCAGAAGUAGGGAUUCAAGAAUCCAAACAACCUACAGUUGAAGGAAGGGAAGAGCUUCAUUUUACUACCGUUGGCUAUGACUUAUUGGAACAGAAAUGUCAGAAGGUUGAAAAUGCACAAAAGGGAUCGAGAGGCGAAGAGACUCAAGUAUCCCAGUAUAAUGAGCUAGAAAGAUUGGAAAUUUCUGAAGUUCUGUACCAGAAUUCUUGUAUUGAACCCCAGACACCGAAGGACUGUGUUGUUACUGAGUUAAUAGAGCAGAAAGAGGUGGUGGGAGCUGAGAACAUUAAAAAUAAAAUAGCUUUAACGGAAGAGACCACUACUGGAUUUGAAGAAGUGGGACCAACUUCUGGAGACAUUACCCAGAAUUUCAGCGCAGAGCAAAAAGGACCGCUAUUAGAAAAUAUGACGUUGUCAUCUGUCAUUGAAAACUUGGAAGUAUCUUCUGAAAAUAAGGCAAUAACUGUUGUUCUUGCUCUUGGCUAUUUUGAGACACCAUGUGGCCGCACCUCUGUAAAUACUCUUCCUGGACAAGCAGGAGCAAUGGAGAAAAAUCUAAAUAAAGAUACUAGUCUCUUGAAGGCUGAAGAAGAAGGAACUCCUGUGCAGUUUAGAACGUCGAAGAAUUCAGUGAAUAAUAAGUGGGUUCUGCGUUCAAAAUCACAAGAGAAACCUAAAGCUUCUGAUCCUAAAGACACUACGGUGCAAGACAAUGCUAAUGGAGAAAAGAAAAGGAGGGGGAGAAAAAGGAAGGAGAUGAAUAAAGGUCCAGUGAAUGAGUUCUCUAGAACAAGGACCCAUCUUAGAUAUCUAAUGCACCGGAUAAGAUAUGAACAGAACCUGAUUGACGCAUAUUCUGCAGAAGGAUGGAAAAGACAAAGCUUGGAAAAAUUAAAGCCAGAGAAAGAGCUUCAGCGUGCAAAAUCUCAUAUCUUAGAUUACAAAUUGAGAAUAAGAGAGUUAUUUCAAGGCCUUGAUCUGUCACUUGCUGUGGGAAAGCUUCCAGCAUCUUUGUUUGACUCCGCAGGAGAGAUCGACAGUGAAGAUAUUUUCUGCUCGAAAUGUGGCUCUAAGGAUAUAACAACUGGCAAUGAUAUUAUUCUUUGUGACGGUGCAUGUGAACGUGGGUUUCACCAGUUUUGUUUGGAACCACCUCUGCUAAAACAAGACAUUCCUCCAGAUGAUGAGAGCUGGCUUUGCCCUGGAUGUGAUUGUAAAGUUGAUUGCAUUGGUUAUCUUAAUGAUUUCCAAGGAACAAAUCUUUCUGUCAUUGACAGUUGGGAGAAGAUCUUUCCUGAGGCUACUGCAUCGGUGUCAGGGAAGAAGCUGGAUGAUGGUUCUGGGUCUUUGUCGGAUGAUUCUGAGGAUGAUGAUUAUGACCCUGAUAAGCCAGAUACAGUCUUGAAGGUUUCAGGAGAUGGAUUAAGUAAUGACAAAUCUGGAGACCAAUCAAGUUCUGAUGAUUCUGAUUACUUAUUGGCAUCUGAUGAUUUGACGGCUUCUCCUAAUACCAAACAGUAUUUGGGACUUCCUUCUGAUGAUUCAGAAGAUGAUGAUUUUGAUCCCGCUGCUCCAGUUCAAGAUGAGGAGGUGGAGCAGGAUAGUUCAAGUUCUGAUUUCACAUCUGACUCAGAGGAUCUUGGUGCUCUUCUUGAUGACGCCGCUGCACCUGAAAUUUCUCCAGUUUUAGGUGCUGAUGAAGAAAAAUCUAAAGCAGGUAAAGUGAAGAGUCAAUCGCUAAGAGGCGAGCUCUCGUACCUUUUGGAGACCAGUGAUGCACCUCUGUCUGGGAAAAGACGCGUAGAACGGUUGGAUUAUAAAAAAUUGAAUGACGAAACAAAUGGAAAUUCUUCUUCUGAAUCAAGCGAUGAAGAUUUUGAAGAUAUUCCUUCUCAGAAGAGAAGGAAGAUUAACCGUGAAAAGGCAGACGUGGUGUCUCCUGACAAAACUCCGUUAGCAGGAAAUGAAAUGGAUUAUUCCAAGGAUGAAAACCCGAAAGAGAGUGAGCAUGGGUCUGAAAGAGCAAGCGAAAAUGUACUUGAUAAUGAUACAAUCAAUGCACCUGCUGAAACGGGUUCUGUGCGUGCAAAUGUUAAAAGAUCAGCACCUAAAAGGCUUGGAGAAGCUGUAACACAGAGACUCCUUGAAUCUUUCAGACAAAAUCAAUACCCUGAACGAGCUGUGAAAGAGAAUUUGGCAAAGGAAUUAGAGCUCACGAUCCAGCAGGUUACCAAAUGGUUUGAGAAUACCCGUUGGAGCUUUAACCAUAGACCGCAAAUGGAAUUGAAGAAAACUGAAACGGAUUCGAAACAAGGAACUUCCUUGAAUCAUGACAACAAGAAACGACCUGAUCUGGAAUCAGAAAGUGUCGCCAAGGAUAAUUCUUCGAGUGGGGUUGCAAAAUUGGUGACAGAGGCUGCCAGUGGAUAUAAGUCUGGAAUGCCAAAAUCGAGAAAGAGGGAAAGUAAGACAGAUCAAUCACCAGAUACUCAAAUCCAGGAGCAGAAUAUGUUAGUUGAUGCCCCAUCUUCAGAGGUUCGUAGAAGUAGUAGACUAAAGACAAGAAACAGUGGAUCUGUUGAGUGAUGAUGUAAAAUUUGAUGCAUUUGGGAGAAGCUUACUGAUAAUCAAUUGUAUAACUAAUUGAGAAGAAACCAGGGUACUGGACUAUAGAGAGCCAUUGCUAUAUAUUGAUUUGGAGCUGUCUAUUUACAUUUGGUCCUACCCAACUAAACAUGUUUUCUACUGGGGCAGGAAAAUCGACAUGCAGGACCUCCGUUAUUCCACUGGAUCUGGCAAUCCCUGGAGAACGAGUGAGCUGAAACUUUUAUUUGCAUUCUGAAAUAUACAGGUUGAACCAUUGGAGCUAUUAAGACACCCGUUGAGUUUGAUGUUAUCUUCAAAUUGUCUGUACGUUUAUUUGGAAGCUGAUGGAUGUUAGUUUAGACUUUUAAGUAAAGGACUAAUUUGUCCAAAUUUGGAUACACUUACAUUACUGCAUUAGUCGAGAUUCAGUUGUGUUUUUAUAUUUGUUAAAAUAUUUAAUGCAAUUAGAUCCUUCCCUUGUA